CGCUAGUGGCGUGGAUUGCUUUUACUGUACUUCUCUUCCUUCUCUUCAGUUCUUGCAUGUUCUCUCUUUUUUCAUCAGUUCCAACUUGGGCAGUAUAGUUUCAACUCUUUCGCUCAUUUCAGAAUUGACUUUGUUCAUCUUCGGUCACAUUUGUGUUCACAUUGCUCACCAGUAAAUUAAUUGACAUUCACAAUGGAUUACUAUAAGAUAUUAGAGGUGCAAAGAAGUGCUUCGGCUGUUGAGAUUAAAAAAGCGUAUCGAAGGCUUGCUUUAAAAUGGCACCCAGAUAAGAAUCCAGACAAAAAAGAAGAAGCUAAAAGAAAAUUUCAGGAAAUUUCUGAAGCGUACGAAGUAUUAUCUGAUGAAAAAAAGAAACAAAUCUACGAUACUUAUGGUAAAGAUGGCUUGGUUAAUGGUGGUAGCCGUCAUACUAGACAAGAUCUCUCAUCUUUCAACUCAUUCACUUUCCGUGAUCCUGAAUCGGUGUUUAGAGAAUUUUUUGGAACAGAUCCAUUUUUCUCUUUCUUCGGUGAUGGUGGCAUGCACAACCCAGACACAUUCUUCAAUCCAGUUCGAUCAUUCGAUAUCUUCAAUUCCAGUUCCAAUAUGGCCAGUAAACCUGGAGUCAAGCGUACUACAACGUCAACCCGUUUUGUAAACGGAAGAAAAAUAGAAACUAAAAAAGUUAUUGAGAACGGUGUUGAAACUGUAACCGUCAUUGAAGAUGGCAUGCUCAAGUCUCGUACUGUUAAUGGUGUUCCUCAAGCUGUACAACAUCAUAAUCAUAAUAAUCAUCAUCAUCAUGGUUACAAUAUCAUUUAGAAAAGAGUCUUCACACAAGAUUAAGCUGAUGAACAUGGGAAAAUCGAUGAUCGUGAUUUUACUUUUAUACUCGACUUUCGUUUGUUUAUCUGACAACUAAAGUUAAGAAAAAAAAUAUAAAGGUACGUCAGAUUCAUCCUUGAGAAAGAGAAAUGAAGAAAAGAAGAAGAAGAUGAGAAAAGUAAAAAAGAACCAGGCGGUAUAAACCUUAUUAACCAACAUUUACCGGUCCAACCACCAAUGUAAAUUUAAUGUGUUAAUUUUUAUUUUUAUUUUUCCAUAGAAGUCAAAGCCUAAUUUCUUUGAUAGCUAAUUUCAUGAUCAAGUAAAUUUUUUUUGUUGGUUA